AUGGCAUCUGGAUCUACCAAAAUGGACCCCAUCUGUUUGGUGGAAAACCGGAAAAAUCAACUGUCAGUAAAUGCUAAAGCACUGAAGAUUCUUGAGCAGAUAUCUCAGCGUCUGGUGGUGGUGGCCGUUGUAGGGCUGUAUCGGACAGGAAAGUCCUACCUGAUGAACCGCCUGGCAGGACAGAACCACGGUUUCCGUCUGGGCUCCACAGUGCGGUCGGAAACCAAAGGCAUCUGGAUGUGGUGUGUGCCCCAUCCCUCCAAGGAGAACCACACCCUGGUCCUUCUGGACACUGAGGGCCUGGGCAAUGUGGAGAAGGAGGACUCCAAGAAUGACUUGUGGAUCUUUGCCCUGGCUGUGCUCCUGAGCAGCACCUUUAUCUACAACAGCAUGAACAGCAUCAACCAUCAGGCCUUGCAGCAGCUGCACUAUGUGACUGAAUUAACAGAGCUGAUCAGAACCAAAUCAUCUCCCAGCUCUGACGAAGUAGAGGAUUCAGCCCAAUUUGUGAGUUUCUUUCCAGACUUUAUUUGGACUGUGCGGGAUUUCACGCUGGAGCUGGAGUUAGACGGGAACUCCAUCACUGAAGAUGAGUACCUGGAGAAUGCCUUGAAGUUGAGUCCAGAUGAAGGUCCCCAAAUGCAAAAUUUCAACUUGCCCAGAGAGUGUAUCAGGAAGUUUUUUCCCAAACGGAAGUGUUUUGUCUUUGACCGUCCUGCAAGCAACAAAAAACAAUUACUCCAUCUUGAGGAAAUGCCAGAUAAUCAACUGGAUGAGAAUUUCCAGAAGCAAUCAAAAUAUUUCUGUUCAUAUAUCUAUGCCCAUGCAAAGACCAAGACCUUAAAAGAAGGAAUCACUGUCACCGGGAAAAGGCUUGGGCCUCUGGUGGAGGCCUAUGUAAAUGCCAUCAACAGUGGAUCAGUUCCUUGUUUGGAGAACGCAGUAACAACUCUGGCCCAGCUGGAGAACUCAGCAGCCAUGCAGAAGGCAGCUGACCACUACAGUGAGCAGAUGGCCCAGCGACUGAGCCUCCCCACAGACACGCUCCAGGAGCUGCUGGAGGUGCACGCAGCCUGUGAGAGGGAAGCCAUUGCAGUCUUCAUGGAGCGCUCUUUCAAGGAUGAAAAUCAGGAUUUCCAGAUGAAGCUUGCGAUCAUGAUCAUGAAAAAGAAAGACGAUUUCUUGUUGCAAAAUGAAGAAGCAUCUGUCAGAUAUUGUCAGGCUGAGCUCAGAAAGCUUUCAGAGCCCUUAGCGACGAGAAUUUCAGAGGGAACUUUCUUUGUCCCUGGAGGAUACAGUCUCUAUUUAGAAGCAAGGAACAAGUUUGAACAAGACUAUAAACUGGUCCCCAGGAAAGGAGUUAAGGCAAACCAGGUCCUCCAGAGCUUCCUGCAGUCACAGGCAGAAGUAGAGGCAGCCAUCCUGCAGGCAGACCAGGCCCUCAAGGAUGCGGACAAGGCCGUGGCAGAGGAACGUACCAAGAGACAAGCAGCAGAGAUGAAACAGGAUCUGCUAACACAGGAACUGAAAGAUAAGAAGCAAAAACUGGAGGCCCAAGAGAGAAGCCACCAGGAAAAUAUGGCCCAACUGAAAGAGAAGUUUAAGACGGAAAGAGAAAACCUUCUAAGAGAGCAGGAAGCAGUGCUGGCACACAAGCUGAAGAUACAGGAAGAAAUGCUUACUGAAGGAUUUAAAAGGAAAGCCAAUGAAUUACAUAAAGAGAUACAUCAACUACAAAAGGAAAUCGAAAGAAUUAAAGAUGAUAGGCUCGUUGAAAGUUUAAGGAUGGUGGCACAAAUUGGCCUUAUAUUAGUGGCCUCACGAUCUAGAUUUUUAAACCGUGUAUAG